AGGAAGUUCUGAAUUGCACAAGGGGUUCCGGGUGUCAGACAUAUUGAAGGAUUAUGGCUGGCAGGAGGAGCGGGUCAAGAUUUAUUUCCCCGGUGGGGUUGAUGGUCACCGUAUUGGGGCAGCUCCUGGCGGCACAGGCUCACCAGCUUCGUUUCGUCACGGUGGUGUAUCGGCACGGUGACCGGUCUCCGGUGAGGGCUUAUCCUACUGAUGUUCAUCAGGAGAGUGCCUGGCCGCAAGGAUUCGGGCAGCUUACACAGAUCGGGAUGAAACAGCAGUGGGACUUGGGACAGGCGCUACGAGCACGCUACAAAGGAUUCCUCAAUGAGUCUUACGACAAGCAUGAGAUCUAUGUAAGGAGCACAGAUGUGGACCGCACACUCAUGAGCGCAGAGUCAAACCUGGCCGGCCUAUACCCGCCUGCAGGUUCUCAGAUCUUUAACCCCAAUAUCUCCUGGCAGCCAAUCCCAGUGCACACAGUACCAGAUUCUGAGGAGCGGCUCUUAAAGUUUCCGAUUCUCCCUUGUCCAAAAUAUCUCAAGUUGCAAGAAGAGACGCGGCGAUCCCCUGAAUAUGUCAACAAGACCAGAGACAAUAAGGAAUUUCUGCACAUGGUCGCCAAUAAAACCGGACUAAAAGAUUGUUCACUAGAAUCUGUAUGGACCAUCUCUGACAUCUUGUUCUGUGAGUCCAAACACAACCUGAGCCUUCCGUCCUGGGCAACGACAGAAGUUUUGGAACGACUGAGCGAUUUAAAGGAUUUCAGCUUCAGGUUCCUCUUUGGGAUAACUGAACAGGAGCAGAAAGCGCGUUUGCAAGGAGGUGUUUUGGUGGCUCAGAUCCUGAAGAACAUAACAGCGGCUGCACAGAAUGCCUCCAACAGCCUGAAGUUCAUUGCAUACUCCACACACGACACCACACUGGGCGCUCUGCAGAUGGCACUGGACGUCUACAAUGGAAAACAGGCUCCUUAUGCUUCCUGCCAUAUAUUCGAGCUGUAUGAAGAGUCUCCUGGAAACUUCACAGUCGAGAUGUAUUUUAGAAACGAUAGCACACAGCAGCCCUUCCCCCUGACCGUACCUGGCUGCAUGCGCAGAUGCCCCCUAGAGAGGUUCCAGAGCUUGUUGGAUCGAGUCAUCGCUAAAGACUGGGAGAAAGAGUGUCAGCUCUCCAACCCAGUCAAUGACACAGAAGUCAUCGUGGGUCUCGUCGCCUGCGGGUGCAUCCUCUUCCUCCUCAUCGUCCUGCUGCUCACAGUGCUCUUCCGACAGAAGUCUCAGACUGUAGGCUACCAGCACGUCUCAGAUAUGGGGGAGGAACAGAGCUGAUUGACUGGACUCUGCCCCUAUAACUGUGGCCUUGAUGACAUCCCUGGAAGAGGAAAAUGGGAAUAUGAUUUUUACCAAAAUUUUAAACAUUUUUAUUCUUUUAAAGUUCCAAAUCUCAACAAAAGACGGUAAUUUUCAACUUAACGUAAAGGGUUAUAAUGGGCACAAACCAAUGCAAGCAAUCACAUGGACAUAGAAAACCUGAGGAAGCAAAAUCACGUGUCUUGGAGUUCGCAGUAACAGUCUGAUUCCAUGACGUGAGUGGUCGCCUAAGCCGUAUGCUGGGGGGUCUUUGUCAAGUAACUGCAUGCUCUAGGACUAUUGCGACUACACCGCAGGGCUGCGGGUCAGUCCGUCAGCUUUCCGUACACCGUCUGCGUUCAGUGGACAGGUAGAGAUUUGUGCUUUCCCAUUAUAAUCUGUACUGGCCAUAGAUAUGGAAAGAGAGAGGCAGAGUCCAGCAUGUCCUUUACUCCCCUCAGCGAUCAGUGAUGCGAUUCAUUGGGUUUUCUAUAGGAAAAUGUUGUCUUCAGUGCUUACUGGACUAUUGGUUUUAAAGGGGGUUUCAGGGCUCAGCAUAUUGAUGGCCUGUCUGUAGGAUGGUCUGACUCUCUGCAACCCCAGCUGUUCAUGGUUUACCUGCACAUUGUCUGAAUUGGUCGAAUGGGCCGAAACUGUAAUAUCCUGCCCUGCCCCUACUGUAUGUACAGUGCACCAGCAGAUGGACCAAGGUAGACUAUGAUGAGGCCGCAGCACUUCC